GUGACAUUCACCAGAACUCCUAGCAGGUUAACCGCGUCCACCUAAAAUUUGCCACCAGAGACGAAGUGCAGCUCAUCUGACACACAGCAAGCCUGAUCAUUACUGACAAUGCCAGAGUAUGAGCCAGACCUCAGCACACUUGAUAAUAAAAAAAAAGUAUGUUUGCUGGUGAUUACAUGCAUCAUUACUGUUCCUCAGAUAGCAGUAGGAGCAGUGUACAAAGAUGACUGCCCACGGCAGCCCUACAUCCCCAUCUAUUUAAUGGUAAUGGGAGCAGCCCUGCUGCUGUUCAUGGUCUACAAUCUGGCCUGCAGUAGCGGCAAUAGCGACAGCAUCAUCAGGCACAUCUGGCACAGCAUGCUGAUUUUCUUCUUCUUGUCCUUGUUCAUUGCUGGUAAUGUGUGGGUUUACUCCAUCUACGAACCCAGUUACAAUAAGACAACCAGCGUGGAACUCUACUGUGAUAAGACGGUCUACCUAUUGGCCUUCUGGCCCAUCAACCUGUUCUAUAUCCUGUUAGGUCUCAUGAUUUUGUUGUUCUGUUGCCUAGGCCUCCUUGCAAACAGCGCCACUUAAUAGCAGUAAUGAAAAGUAUAUUAAUCUGUGUUUUCAUGUGUGUCUGAUGCACAUUCUGGAGAUAUUAAAAUCACCUCAAGCACCAGCA